AUGGCGACGGUUGUGCCCAUUGGGGACCCACUGCCGCUCUAUGAUUUGGGGCCUCCUUACCCGCCGCAGGUGGCCGCCCUGGGCCUCAUCCCGACGGUCCGCGUCGACGUGCCGAUCUGCAUCGUCCUCAUCAUCUUCUUCGUCGCUGCCGCCUCCCUCAAUCUUUUCAUAUUCGUCCGCAACAAGAGCUGCGGCCACAAGUUCCUUUUCUCGAGUGUCCUCGUCGGCUUCUGCUUGACGCGCAUCAUCGCCCUCUCCUUGCGCAUCGCCUGGGCCACCCAGCCGUGGAAUGUCCGCCUCAACAUCGCAGCGACCAUCUUCGCCGCCGCCGGCGUUGUCGUUCUCCUCAUCGUUAACCUCAUCUUGACCCACCGCCUCCUCUGCGGCCUCCACCCCAACAUCGGCUGGCUUCCCGUCGUCGGCAACUUCUUCCUCUUCUGCUACUUCCUCACUAUCGUCUGCCUCAUCUGCGCCGUCACUGCUCUCGUCGUCAGCUUCUACACCCUUGUCCCGGAGCAACUCCACGACUGCCGUAUCGUCCAGCUCUUCACAUCCACCACGCUCGCCCUCCUCGCCUUCCUCCCUAUCCCCAUCCUCCUCGGCGCCGCCUUCUACCCGGGCCUCCGCCGCCCUGAGCCCUUCGGCUACGGCUCCCUUACCACAAAGAUCAUCCUCGUCCUCGCCACCUCCACCCUCCUGACCAUCGGCGCCGCCUACCGCUGCGCCGUGAACUACGCCGUUCGCCCCGUCUGGUUCCCCGGCUGGUGGCACCACAAGGCCUGCUACUACAUCUUCAACUACGACCUCGAGCUCGUCGUCAUCUUCGCGUACGCCCUCAUGCGCUUCGACCUCCGCUUCCACGUCCCCGACGGCGCCCGCAAGGCCGGCGACUACCUCAAGGGCCAGCACGCCUACAAGCGCGUCAGCAGCCUUGCCUUCCGCGCGAGCAUCGACGAGAGGGUCACCGUCCGCAUCGACGGCCGCCGGCACCGCGGCUCGUCCCGCACGGAGUACUUCACGCCCAGCGGCAACCUGGCCCGCAGCGGCCAUUUCCGCCGUGGCCAUUUUAGAAGCACUUAUCCUUCCAGGACGGACUACCUCACACAGGGCAGCUACCUAUCCGGCAGCGGCAGCCGCUCCUCGCGGAGCAGUCGCUCCGAGGAGAUUAGCAACGAGAUUAAUGGGGGGAGGGACGUCAGGGAAACCAGGGAGGUCUUCCGGGAGCGCGUCUACGAAAAGAAGUCGAGGGGCAGGCCAACGCGGAGGCGGUCAAGUAGAGAGAGGAAACGGAGCCAUGAGCGCCGCCGUCGUCGUAGGUAA